GAGAGCCUUGUCAAUCAGACUGUGCUGCUAUGCCAUCAGGAGCGGGCGGGCACGAUGUCCAACAAGGCUUUCGACAAGUUGGCUCGCAUGCUAGUGGACAUCACCAAGUUCAUGGCAAGGAUUCGCAACGAUCCUUUACGUGACGCCUUGGAUGAUGAUGCUCGGAACUUCUUCGACAUGGACAUCGGUUUUGUCACUAGUGGUAGCACGAAUCACAUGAUUGAAAGUAUCAUCGAUCGGGCGGACGCUUGCCAGAAGCGCCAGAAUGCGCAGCCAUUCAAGAUGGCGGACAGAGCCAUGCGAGAGUGGGACACCAUAUGGCACAUGCAUGAUCUUCCUGAGCCAGUUCCACACGGGUCUGAUCAGUGGGACGAUCUACCACAUAUAUCCUUGGACGAUAUCAAGCGUGCGAUCUUGCAGUUCCCUUGGACCACGGGCAUCGGGCACUUCGAGUUUGCGCCCCGAGCGUUCUGGUUCGUUUCGGACGCCGGCCUGGAGUCGCUGGCGCGCCUGUUCAUGCGAUGUGAAAAGCUUCUGAUAUG